UAUGUAGUUUAUGCGAGUUGUGCGAUGUCAAACAUGCUGCUAAAGUUUUUCUAACAAUAGUGGAAAUAACUAUUCUCAUUAUCUUUUCUAGUACCUUAAUACGUUGUUUUUGAUCAUCUUCAUUGUUUUAAAUAUUAUGAACCCGAGUAUUUCUGCAGUCUAGAUACCGUUGUACUGGCAAACGAGCGAGACACGUGAAUUCUUUUUAAUAAGCUAAAUCCUUCGUUACGGUGUGAAAUAGCUCAAUACUUACCAAGUCCACACCGUCUGCAAGUAACAGCCACAAAAACAAUGGGAUGGAAACGCCCGGCGGGUCCGCCUCGUGUGUGGCAAACAGUAAACGUGAUUGAAGAAAACGGCAAAGCCCGCGUGUUCUCAAUUGAAGAAAUACCGGAAGGUCGAUACGAACAAGCCUUGGAGCUUUUGGUUUCAUGUUACAUUCCGGACUAUCCUCUGUGGAACGCUUGCAAAACCCGCGAUCCGAGCACAGUGGAAUACUUUAGGAAACGGGCAAAACUGAUUCUUCAACAGGGAAUAUCUAUUGCCGUAUUCGAACAUCUUGCCGACGACGGGCAGACUUCCAUUCUUGCCGGAGUCAACCUUCUUUCCUAUUCGGAUGACGAUCACGCCAAUGAAUUAAAACAAGUCGAGCGUUCCGGAGAAGUGAUUCGAUCGCGCGAGACGUUUUUCAAUGGCAUAUACGAUAAGUGGGAUCCGAAAAAGUUGUACAAGCUCAACAGCUUUUUGGCUGAUUGGGGUCUUGGCGUGAAACCGGCAUACCGCAAAAUGGGUCUCGGCCUACAAAUGCUAGAAGCUAGAGGCAAGAUUGGCCGUGAAUAUGAUUUACCGUAUACUUUCACACUGUUCGGCGCGUCUGCCUCGCAAAGAAUUGCGGCAAAAGCAAAUUUUUUCGAAAUUUCGUCCGGAGAUUUCACAGACCUGCAAUGGCCAGAACUAGACGGUCAGACUUGGAAGCUAAUGGGUAAACGUCUAUUUUGAAAGCACGAGUACGUCCAUCGGAAACACUAUACGAUACGAUAAUUUUUAAUUCGUGUACAAUUCUCGUCGUUAAAGGGUCAUACAAUUAAAACCAAUAAAAUAUUAUUAAACAGCUAUGCAA